AUGGCAUACCUCUAUGAGAUGCGAGUCUACAAUCGGCCACCUGGCGAGACACCAACGCCUGUGGAGUCGCCAUCGAUAAGUAUCAAAUCACUGGAGUCUGUACACGUCCAAGAAGCAGCUCAAGGACGUCUUCAAGCUCCACUGCCUUCAGGAGCAUCAAACUUUGGCACAAAAUGCGUCAACUUCUGGAUGGGAUUCGUCAUUUUUGUGUUUUUCCUCGCGUUAUUGGCUCUUGUGUUGAUGUGCAAGUUUGCACCACAUUGGCUUCCACGAGAAGUCGCUCGUGUUGUUAAUCAUUGA